GAUUUGUUGCCUAUAUUGACUAUGAGAUAGAAGUUCUAUAUAUUCCAAUAUAGAAACUUAUCCAAUUGAUACACAAGUUCUAUCUUAAAUAAAAAAAUUAGAACCUACGUUUGAUAGGCUUCAUAAAUUCUUCUAAGCAAAAAUUUUCAAGUUAGAUCCUUUUUUAAGAAAAUUAUUAAGCGAGAACAAAAAUAUAAGAUGGGACACUUUGGGCCCCACCAACUAGAGAGCCCAUAAAGUUUCCCGCCAAGAAGCCCAAGGGAACAGCUCCGGAUUCUGUACUUAACAAGGAGAGCCAAAAGCUCACAACACAGAAUUCUCCAUUCCCUAGGGUUUAUUUCAGUUUGCAGGAAUUUAUCAUUACGAGGAUUGAUAAUUAGUAUAAGGGCAAGUACAAUGACACGUAAUGUAAGAACGGAAUGGGAUGGUGUGCCCUUGAAUGUGAACCAUAGCUAUGGGCCCUCAAAUUCCACAACUUCCCAAGAGGACGAUGACCUAGAUGAGAACAUAGCCAGAUUUUCCACUCAAAUGACUCUUUUAACUAAGCCAAGUUCUUAUUAUGUAGGACAAGGUGGUCAACUACAGGAGCAAUAUAAUCAUGUCCAGGAGGAGGAUGCAAAUUAUGUUAGCCGCUAUCAAGGAGGGCCAAACCAACAAAGAACCAAUUACCAAGGAGGUCAGUUUCAUAAUCAUAAUCAAAGGAGACCAAUCCAACGGUACUCAAAUGAAGGGUGGAACAACCAACAACGCGAUCAAGGAUGGAGUGCUGACAACCAAGGGAAUAGGAGGGUCGGUUCUUCACAAGCAUACAGUUCAUCAAGAGCCCCUAUGUACCAACAAGGGAACCAAUCUCCACCCUAUCACAUUCAAGGAUGGAACAACCAACAAACCAAUCAAGGAUGGAGUGCUAACAACCAAGGGAAUAAGAGGGCCAGCUUUUCACAUGCAUACAAUGCAUCAAGAGCCCCUACGUACCAACAAGGGAACCAAUCUCCUCCCUAUCACAAUCAAGGAUGGAACAAUCAACAAUACAAUCAAGGAUGGAGUGCUAACAACCAAGGGAAUAUGGGGGCUGGUUCUUCACGAGCAUACUCCGCAUCAAGAGUCCCUAUGUACCAACAAGGCAACCAAUCUCCAGCCCAUCACAAUCAAGGAUGGAGUGCUAACAACCAAUUAGACAAUUUCCUUCCAGAUCCCCCAGUAUCUACUUAUUGCCGUCAUGCAUUCUUGAAUUUUGAUGGUGCUUCAAAGGGAAAUCCUGGACUAGCUGGUGCAGGUGCUGUUCUGCGAGCUGCAGAUGGAAGUAUGGUUUUCCGGUUGCGUAAAGGCUUGGGCAUUGCAACUAAUAAUGUUGCUGAAUACAGAGGUCUAAUUUUAGGGCUGGAGUAUGCGCUCGAGAAAGGUUUUAAACACAUACAAGUUCAAGGAGACUCAAAACUUGUCUGCAAUCAGACUCGGGGAAUCUGGGAAACUAAAAACCAAAGAAUAAUGGAAUUGUCCAACACUGUCCAAGAGCUUAAAGAUCACUUUAGGUCUUUCCUAAUCAGCCACGUAGAAAGAGAACUCAAUACUGAAGCUGAUACUCAGGCAAAGCUAGCAGUGUAUCUUGAGGAUGGCGAAACUCAAGUGGAUGUGGACUAGAUUAUACUGUGAAGUCAUGAACCACUUGAAGCUUUUGGGAUUUUGGAGAGGCCGAUGCUCCCACAAAAGCGAUGCAAGUUUUAUGGUCUGAACAGUUUAUUUUUCCUUUCAGAUAUAUGAUCUGGUUGAUAUGCAUAUUUUAACUUGAUUAUAAAUCUAGAUAAGCUAACUUAUGUGUGGCUUUACAGCUAUACCAACUACCUUUUGUAGUUUUAAAUUGUGCAGACUGAAGUACUAUGAGUCAAUCGGUUCAAUUAAUUAGGUAGUAAUGACUGGUUUAAUUCUUCA